CGGGGCGGGGGUGAGCACAGAGCCUUUGCCCAGGGCCCCUCCCGCUUGAACCCCGAGACCCAACGCCGCGAGGGGGAGGGGCGAGUUACAGGGCCAGGAGCCAGGGGCGUCAUUGGCUAUGGAGGAGGGGGGACAGCCCCCCCCCCCGGCUGCGCUACACUCUCCUGGCGACCGACACAGACGUGCCCCCCCGAACGGGGGCCCCUGGGCGCGGGCACGGGAGGGUUAAGGGGAGGUGCCCGAAGGGGGGGGGAGCACAGGGGCUCACGUGACCCGGAAAGUUCCAAGCCAGGAAGCGAAAGAAGGAAACAAAGUUACCAGCGAAGGAGACGCGCGAGGGGCGGGGGGUUCUAGGCUCGGGAGCGAAACGGACCGGGGGGGGGUUCUAGGCUCGGGAGCGAAACGGACCGGGGGGGGGGUCCUAGGCUCGGGAGCGAAACGGACCGGGGGGGGGCGGAAGGAGGGAAGGAACCAGCCCGGCUGUGGGAGGGGGUGAAGGACCGACCCCCCCACACGAAUCCCCGCCCCCCCCCCGGGCGGAAGUCGGGGGAUCGGGGCCCUCCAGAGCCGGGCGCGGGGAACUCGAGGGGCGCGGGAGAUGUGCGGGUGCUAGGGGGGAGGGGAAUCCGCCCAGCGACCCUCCCCCACCUCUGGGGGCAAAACGGAACCGGGACCCCCCACCCUGAAAAUGUCACCGCUCGGGGCCGCCUGGAUCCUGCUGCUUGGACUCGUCUGGGAAGCUGCUUCCUACACUGAGAGAGACUCGGCCACCUGCCGUGCACCCCUGGAGGUGCGGGGGGAGAGCCAGGGGGUGAUUCGCAGCUUCCCCUCCCGGCACGGCCGCAUCCUGCCCGGCAACUGCACCUGGGUCAUCCUGGGGGGCCCUGAGGACGUGGUGACCAUCAGGUUUGAGCGGUUCCAGCUGGCAUGUGGGGACGCCAAACUCUACGUGUGGGCUCACUCCUACCCCAACCAGGCCCUCUGUGGCACCCAGCUCCCCGCCCCCCUGGAAUACAGGGGCACCAAUGUCACCCUGAGCUACGGGCGCAGCUGGACGCUGGCAGAAGGAUUCCAGCUCCGCUACAAGAGAGCAGGUCCCCUCCUCUCUGCCUCACCUCCAUCUUGUAACCUGACACUGGAUGAUUUCUAUGGUGUCUUCUCCCCACCUGCCUGGCCUGGGGUUCCCGCUGGAGCCCUCAUCCGGUGCCGCUGGGCCCUGGACCCCCACGACAGCCGCCCCCUCACUGUGCUCUUCACCACGCUGGACCUGGCUCCGACCGACUCCCUAGAGGUCUACGAGGAUCACCCAGACCUGUCGGCCGAGCCGCGGCUGCUGCGGCGCGUGGAUGCAGCCAGCAACGGGCAGCCAGUGGCGGUGGAGUCACCCACCAGCCGAGCAUGGGUGGCCUGGCAGGGCCUGCAGGGCCGUGGCUUCAAUGCCACCUACCAUGUGCGUGGGUUCUGCGUGCCCUGGCAGCGGCCCUGCGGCCGGGGGGAUGAGGCCCGGUGCUAUGGUGAGGCGGAGCGCUGCGAUGGCAUCUGGCACUGCCCAGACGGGGCGGACGAGGAGCACUGCCCAGGCUGCCCGGAAGGGAGCUUCCCCUGCCACGAUGGCGCCGGGGGCCCCUGCUACGCACCCGCUGACCGCUGCAACUACCAGACGCUGUGCCCGGAUGGGGCGGACGAGCGGGGCUGCUGGCGCUGCCAGCCCGGCAACUUCCGCUGCGGGGACGGGCGCUGCGUCUACGAGGCCUGGCGCUGCGACGGGCAGCCCGACUGUGCUGAUGCCUCCGACGAGGCCUCCUGCCCCUACACUCUGCCCCGCAAGGUGGUGGCAGCCGCGGCCAUCGGCAGCCUGGUCUGUGGCCUCCUGCUGGUCAUUGCGCUGGGCUGCACCUGCCGCCUCUACGCCGUGCGCAGCCGGGAGUACAGCCUCUUCGCCCCCCUGUCCCGCAGCGAUGCCCAGCUGGUCCGGCAGGAGGCGCCACCGUCCUACGGGCAGCUCAUUGCACAGGGGCUGGUCCCACCCCUCGAGGACUUCCCCACCGAAAGCCCCGGGCAGACGUCGCUUUUGGGGAAUCUACGGUCUCUGCUCCAUCUGCUCCAGCACGAGCCGGUGGGGGGGCGCCGGGCCCGCCGCCCCCCCCGCCCCCUGCGCCGCCUGCUGCGCCGCCUACGCCGCUGGGGGCUGCUGCCCCGCUCCGCCCCUGCCGCCCGCCCCCCUGCCGCCCCCCCAGCCCAGCCCCUGCCGGACGCUACCAACCAGGAGGAAGGGGGAGCAGCCGGUGGGCCCGAUGAGGCCCCGCCCCUGCCGCAGAAAGUCCCGCCCCCUGGGCCAGAGCCCCCCACGGCCCUGCCCCCCACGGGCCCCCAGCGGCUGCCCAGGGGGGUAAUGGGGGCCCUCCGCGGGUGCCUCUUCUCCUCUCCCGAGGGCCGUGGGGAGCCCCCUAACCUGCCCCCCUCCCCCGAGGGGGAGGACGACGUGCUGCUACUGCCCCUCGCUGAGUCCCGGCCCUCCCCCCCCGCCGAGGCCCUGGACGACGAGCCCCUCCUCCCCUGAGCGCCCCCCGCCAGCCCCAUUGCCUUUAAGAACCCAGCAGCCAACGGGGAGAGUGGUUAAGGCAGCUGGGGUGGCCAUAUUUGUGUGGCAGUCAAAAAAGGCUCUUAAAGGGAUGUGCCCUUGAGACGUCUUUGCAUGGCUGUUCUGAAAAAGAUCUUCAGGGUGCUGGAGCCCUGUUAGAGGAGGGAGGAAGUGGCCGUUAGAUCAGACUCUGAGGCGAUGGCUCAGCUGCCCAUCGCUUUUCUCUUCUAGGAGUUUAAACUUUCUGUGAUCAAUUCUCUUUUCACCCCUGGGGUAGAAAAAGGAACCUUUGCACGGUUCUUUUUGCAGUACCUGAUAAAUGAAGCUUUACGGUAAGCAAAGCUUUUGUGUGUGGAGGUUAAAAAAAAGGUCUUUUAAAGGCAAUGGGCAAAAUCAGCAACAUUUAAUCCCUGUUUGCUAAAAUGUGGUUCUGAGUGAAACAAAAAAAUGAGAAAUUGAGAGAAAAUGAAUAUGUGAGUUUAUGUGGCUGGGAUUCUCCAUGCAAAAUAUUUGCAUGGCUGUCAAAAAAGAAAAAUUUUAAAGGUAAUGACCAUUUUACCUCCUCACAAGAUUGUUUUAAAUGAUUGUUUUUUAAAAAUAUGACUUAAAAGAGACAAUGUGCGUCUGUAUUCGGCUGACAAAUCCAGCCGUGUUUCUGAAUGACAAAAGAGAUACGGGGCAGGUAAAUAUACACAAAUCUAGAUAUAUAUUCUUAAAGGCAAUGACUAAAUCUGAAAGAUUGUCAGCCGUUUUGGAUAGUUUUUUAAUAUAUAUGUUUCAGUUUUGUAAAGAAGGUGAGAAAUAAGACUAAAAGAAACGUGUGUGUCAAUGGAUGGGAGAAAUUAACAUGAGUCUUGGCACCAAAUACUUGUAUUUAAACUGAUUUUUAAAGGCAAUGGCAAAAGCAUUUAACCAGCUACCACGAGAGAGUUUUUUUUUUUGUAGUUAUGUUUUUAAACGCAAUAUCGGAAGCCGAGUUUUCACAAGUUCCACAGCCAGAAAAGCUGGACUUGAUUCUCAGUCCAGACUCUUUGUGUUGCUGGGUUGGUUUGUUUGUCUGAUUGUUUUAGAAAGCUUCUUAAAGGCAAAGUUUGGAUCAGAAAAAAAGACACCAACUUUUUGGAGUGAAGUUUUAUUCGGUUUGCUUGUUCACUUGUUUGUUCUGUACAACAGUAUUUGAAGGCGAGGAACUAGGGAGAAAAUCAAGUUGCAAAUCUGUGCCCCAGAAACUUGAGGUGGGGAGUGUCAGUGCAAAGUAUUUGCCUGGCCAUUAAUAAAUAAAAUAAAUACAAGAAACAAGUGGGUUUAUCUGUACCCAAAAUAAAUAAAAAUCAGCCCUGACUCACUAUACAGCUCACUUGCGAAAUACAGCGGUGAGACUGAAACAUUUAACCAGCUUUGGUAGAGAACUGUGUAAAGCAGAAAAUAGACGAUAAGUUGGUGCAUCAGUGUAUGCAACAGAAGAGACGCAGUGCAACAAUUUGUGUGGCAGACAAAAAAAAAAAUACUCUUAAGGGUAAUGGCCAGGUGGCGAAAAUUUAACCAGGUUUUUCUGAAGAACUUGUUUUAUUUAAAAAUGAGAAAUAGCUGGAAAAUAAGAUUAUAAAUCUACAUAGCUGCAAAAUUAGAAUCCUGGCUGUAAAACAUUUACGAGGCAGACAAUAAAUCAAAUAUUAAAGGCAAUGGCCAAAAUGGAAAAUUGUUACUGGCUUGUUCGUCCAUAAUUUUGUAAAAAGAGAGAGACAGUAAAUUUCAUCAUCUGCCUACGUAAAAAUAAUACGACAAUUCACACUGCACAAUAUUGUGACAGUCAAAAAAUACAAGGUCCUUAAAGGCAAUGGCCAGGUGGAAAAUUGGAGCCAUCUCUUGUGUAGCGACUUCUCUCGGUAUGUCGGAACCGGCGGGUUUUCCAGGCCGGCGCUUUGACGGCAGGUCGAGGAUCAUGAUUCUUUUGGUAUAUUUGCCCUGGGGGCUCCAGCCCAAUCAGAUUUCUUCUUAGAAUUUUGUCUAUUCUUCUCUGUUCAAAUUAUUGGUAAGAAUUCAAGAAAAAAUACAUUUAACAAGAAAACA